AUGUGGUCCUGCUCAAGCCGAGCAGCAUUUCUUUCGCUAGUGCUGUGCCUCCUUACUUGCAGGAACUACGGACUAGCACUCCUUGUGGACUCGAUUAGGUGUGGCGAGAGGAUCGGCGUACCCGACCGAGGCGGUCCUUGGUUCAGGGCUGCUAUGGACUGUUGCAAGGAUGUCGGGCUGGAGGGACUUCUCAACGUGCUGAGCGAUCUUGACUGCUCGGAUGGCUCACAUCCGAGAAUAGCCGCUCUUCUACAGAUUAUCAACAGCUCCUUUGUCAACAGCCGGCAGCCUAUUCAUUCUUUGACAGGACCCGUCAUCAAGUGCUCUAAGCUGCUUAAGCUGAUGGAUGAGAUGUUCCAUGUUUUCAUGUUGGACGACAUCCCUCUCGACAGUGAUGCAUGGCGGGUUUACGAACAGAUGGUUACGCUGCUGCGGACAUUCUCCUGCGACUCACAAUUGAAGCUUCUCAUCCAGAUGGACACGUGCUGGAUAAGAGAUGGGCUUCAAGAGGAUUGGGAUCAUGGGUUACCAACACUUAUUCUGCAGAAGUAUCAAGGACGCAGCAUGAGAGAAGCGAAGGAUUCGCCUCAUAAGCAUGUCACAGUGGUAUUUUUGAAAGCUAUACAAGCAGAAUAG